AUGGGUGGAGUUGUUCGAGGAGACUCCUUGGUUCCAUUAUCUGAUAUUCCUCAACCUAUCUAUAAAGCAUCAGUCAAUUGGAUCAAACAGCAUCCAUUUGGGGACCUCAGUCAUUUUGUAUCGUGGGCAAUUGAACAUAUUAUCCGCGAACAACAUACUUGUGGGGUGGCACCAUUUGUUGCAUUAGCAAUGGUAUUGCGUACUAAACCUAAUGUUUUGACCACUCUAUUGCCGAUGCUGAGGGAGAGAAUUAUGUUUCAAGGACAGGACAAGCUUCCGGUUACAGUUUGGUUAAUGGCUCAGGCCUCUGAAGGUGAUUUAUCUGUUGGCCUGUAUUCAUGGGCGCAUAACUUGUUACCCCUAGUCGGUAAUAACAAGUGCUACAGCCUUCAGUCGGUGGAUCUCAUCCUGCAAUUGGUUGAGAAAAUUUUGUCGAAUCCAGAGUCUAGGACCAUACUUGUAAAUGGAGCUGUUAGGGAUGGAAUUCAGCUGAUACCACCUACUUCAUUUGAGAUCUUGGUACGGUUUACCUUCCCUGCUUCAUCGGCGAGAGUAAAGACCACGGAGAGGUUUGAGGCCAUUUAUCCCUUGUUGAAGGAAGUAGCUCUUGCACCAGGAAGCAGAGAGAUAUUUGGUUUUUCGUUGAAAUUAGCUGGAGAAGGAAAUCCUGUUUUAGCCAAGGAAGCUACAGAAAUUGCUAUCGGGUCUUUGACCGCAAAUGCUGAUUGCUUUAAGCAGUGGGACAUUCUAUAUAAGGAGAACCUAGAAGCUAGUGUUGUUCUUCUUAAAAAGCUUGUAGACGAAUGGAAGGAUCAUUCUCUCAAACUAAUAUCAACACCAAGUGAUACUCUCACCCUCAAUCGGGCCAUGAAUAGCUUCAGGCUAAAGAACAAAAAAGCCAUCACUAAAAGAGAAGCUCUUUGUUCUAUUUACAAAGAAGCUGACAAGUCCUGCAAAGUGAUCUUGGGGAGACUCUCCUCCGGAAGUGGCUACCUCAAAGGUAUAACAGCUGUUACUACUGCUGGGGCUGUUGUUGUCGGAGCCGUAGCAGGAGCCGUUGCUACAGUAGUCAUUGGAGGAGCUACUGGAAUGGAAUAUUUCCAGUAGGUGUAAUGAGAGUUGAAGUUCUUAGAAUCACAAAGUUGGGAUCUGGGUGAAUGUUCAAAGGUCGCAAGCUUGUACGUAGAAAAAGCCUAAUUAAUGCUCUUUAACUAAAUUAUUUGAAAUAUCUAACAAAUUUGUUUGCUAUAUAUGGAUACGAUUCAUUCUCUCAAACUAUUAGAUUUGUUUUCUCACGAAUUACUGUUUUUGGUUAUGGAUUUAGGCAAAGGAUUUCCUCAUUUCUGUCA